UGCAGCCAUUUUGCAGGCCCUGGCCGUCCGCAGCGCCGUCACCAUCCAACGUCACUUCCGGGGUUGGGCUGCCCGUUUCCGGUAUCGGCAACUCCGUUUGGCCGCCAUCACAUUGCAAUGCUUUUACCGCCGCCAGGUGGCGCUGCGGCGACUGGAUGAACUGCGAUCCCAACGGGGUUCAAUGGGAGGUGUGGAGAAGCUGGGGGUGGGGAUGGAGCAGAAGGUGGUGCAGCUGCAGAGGAGGAUCCACCAGCAGGACAGAUCCCACAAAGCCCUACACGAUGAAAUCGCGGGGCUGCAAAGGGAACUUCGGGAUCGGGAAUGGGAUGAAGGGCGGCGCCUGAAAAUCCUACAAGAGGAAAUAGGGCGGCUCCGAAAGCACAUGGAGGAACUGGAAGAGGAGAACGAGAACCUAAAAAGGGAGCUGGGAACGGGGGCAGGCUGUUGGAAGUGCAGCUCCAGGAGCAGAGAUUGGAGCACGAAACCCAACUGGAGGCCAUGAGAGAGGAACUGCAGGCGGCCAGGAAGGACCUGGAGGAGGCUCUUCAUGGGAUGGCACUACAAAUGGAAGGUUGGACCCCGAAACCACCACAAAACCCCAUAACCCGACCUCAUACUCAGCCCGUAACCCCAUA